AUGAGCAAGCCUGCGAGGAAUAGCCCUGUCAACAGUCCUGCUAACAGCCCUGCUAACAGCCCUGCAAGUAAGCCUGCGAGAAACUCUGUCAACCACCCUGCUUCCAGUAAGCUUUCAGUCGUCUUCUCUCUCCUCACCAGCAACACAUUCGUCCACUCCUUCUUGCAUUCGCCGGUCAACACCACGGUCCUGCUUGCCAAAAGCGUCAUUGACAGUGCCUUCCUUAUUGGCGUGGAAUAG